CACACGGCAUAUCCCCUUUUGACUUGCGGGUAGUAGCUUGAAGUGGCCUUGACCUUCGUCGAUGAACGUGCCCCUUUUUCCAACACCGCCAACCCUUGGGGACAUAGCGACACCUGCUAGUGGUGUGGUAGACGUUGCGAAGUUGACAACUGUGCCGUCGACCACGAUUGGAUGCACUCGUAAGCAACAUGUCGGGGCAGAAAUGUACAGGACAUUCGGAAUCCACAAGAUACAUUUUACUCGUAGGAACUUAGUAUAUCCUAAAUCAAAGGAGAAAAUUGAACAUCGUGUUACUGAAUUUCACAUAAAAAUGUCGGAACAACAGAAGGACAACGAAAAUGAAGAUGAUGAUGAUGAUGUAGUUUGCGCGAUUGAUGCACCUACAACAGUUUUGGGAGAAAUUUCUCCACAAUAUAAAGUGAUUAGAAAUUUUGAAAAAUCAACAAAAUCCGUAGCUAUUCAAACGUUGAUUGGACUACCAUUGCGGCUCAGAGUUUUACCAUCCGUUAAAGAUAUUGUUGAUGAAAAAGACGAAAAUUCAACAAAUGUAAAAGGAUUUUCUACAAUCUGGAAGUACAUUAGAUUUUUAGGAAGACUAUCGCUUUCGUUGUUCGGAUUAUUAUGGUUACUCACCAUUUGGGCUAUUGUUGGUGCAGUAGCUUUCUGUGCCACUGAAGGACGUCGAGAACGUGAACAAGUAACAAAAUGGAAGAAUAUGCAGAAUCACUUAGCGGUGGGUUUAGCAACAGAAUUGAGACAGUUACGUACAGAAAGAGAGGAAGAUGUAGAGCCACUUUGGAGUGAGAAAAUCCAACAAUAUGUAGCGAAACACGAAGAACUUUUGCUGGUUGCAGUUAAUUCUGGAUAUAACGAAAGUGGAAACAACGGACAACUUUGGACAUUUUCUGGUUGCAUUCUCUUUGCUCUUUCGCUUCUCACCACUCUUGGUUUUGGUGCUCCGGUUCCACGAACGACAUCUGGUCGAACAGUAACCGUUAUUUUUGCAGCAAUUGGUAUACCUGCGCAUUUUCUUUUGAUUAUGAAUCUUGGUCUUUUGUUGGCAGUACGAUUGCAGAAAUAUGCUAUAUCCAGAAAAUUAGUUAAAUAUGAUCAAACUGUUUUACAUGAUUUGGCGCCAGUACCCAAGUGGGUUAAAAUAAUACCCUUUGUUUGUGUAGGCAGCUACUAUCUACUGGGAAUCCUGUGUUUCGGGAUAGCCAGAUCCAGACCAAUUGCAUCAAGCAUUCUGUUUCCUCUGGAUUUCACAGCUGCUGGUGGUCUUUCAACAAUAGUUGGUUAUGUGCGAAUAUUAUACGGUCUUUACUUGGAAGGUGCAGUGACUAUCACUGCUGUUGCAGUUGCAGUAUUGCGUGUAUCAGCUACACAGAGUUUAACCAACAUUGGUCUCAAAUAUGGUUUAUUAAUUGAGGCUUAAAUUUUCACUAAAUGUUUCAUAUCUUAAAUAUAAUUAUAAUUGCUGUUCUAAAUUUUGUGUUGUAAUC